ACACGUCAAUCAAAUUUCUCACACAACUAACUUUUUCAAAACAGUUACACCCAUAACAUUUCAGUUACAACAAACUUUUCAAAUAUGUCAUCGGAAACUUCCACCGUCACGUCGGAACCACCACCUACCACCGCCGAUACAGAGCUCACGUUACGAUUACCAGGUGAAUCUCAAAAAUCAGAAGCAAAAUCUACGAAACGCAGGUUUUCCGAUCUGACAGAUCUGAAAUUAGGCGGAAACGAUGAGUCUGAUACAGAAUGUUCCGUCGUAACGAGAUCUACUCCGGCGAAAGAACGAGUGGUAGGAUGGCCGCCGGUUAGAUCUCACCGGAAAAACAUGAUGAAGAAGGAUUGUAAAUACGUAAAGGUGGCGGUUGACGGAGCUCCGUAUUUGAGAAAAGUAGAUCUGGAAUUGUAUUCAGGUUAUCAGCAACUUCUGUGCGGUUUUGAACAUCUGUUCUCCUGUUUCACCAUCAGAAAUGUAUUGAAUGAGAGGAAGCUGAUGGAUCCGGUGAAUGGAAUGGAGUACGUUCCGACGUAUGAAGAUAAAGAGGGAGACUGGAUGUUAGUUGGUGAUGUUCCAUGGAUGAUGUUUGUUGAAUCAUGUAAAAGAAUAAGAUUAAUGAAGAACUCGGAAGCGGUUAAUGGAUCAGAAUUGUUGGAGAAGUGUUAACAAGGCGAGAUUUUGGACGAUGGGCAUCGAAGAUUGGGAGUUGGAAACUUUUGGUGUAGUUGUUUAUAGAGGAAAAUUGUUUGUAAUUUUUUACAUGAUUAGGGGAAUAGUUAAAAAUUAGCUAGGGAUAUUAUAGUACAUAAAAUGCAAAUGAGUGAUUUGCUUACAAAUAUUAGUUGAUAAAAAUCUUCCCACAAUGAGAAUAUGAAGUUAAUGGGUCUGGAAGUUGUCAUCUGGGAUCUUCAGUUCCAUAGGUCCACUUUCGUAACAUUGGACUCAUAAACAACACAUUGAGAAGGAUGUUGUAAUUCUAUCAUCUAUGUUGCAUUUCAUC